UCGUCACUGAUAAGUGAUAACGGGCUCCACUGAAUGUUAUGAUCUUGUUUUUAAUUUUAAUUUUGUUUUCGUUUAUUACAGUUUUUCUCACAAGUUAAUUUUUUCUAUUUCAUUAUUGUUUCUGAAUAUCAUUCGUUAUGUCUUUGAACGCUACAAAAGCGCAAGGAAAUGAUUAUUUCCUUACCAGAGAGCUGUUAGUAGCUCUUCUUGUUCUGAUUAUCACUAUUGUAUUAUUUGUCUUGUGGAAGAAAAGCCGUAAGGCUAAUCGAGAUGUACUCCUUGUAGGAUUGUGCGAUUCUGGUAAAACAGCUCUGUAUGCGUAUUUGUUAUACAACAAACCGAUACAAUCCUUCACAUCCCAAGUGGAGAACUUGGGCGAUUAUAAAAGCAAGAAAAACUUGUUACGCUUAGUUGACAUUCCUGGGCAUGAGAGAGUGUUUACAAAAUACUUGGAUAUUUAUAAAAAUACUUGUAAAGGUGUUAUGUUUGUUAUUGACUCAGAAACUGUAGAGACUGACUUAUGUGAUGUUGCCGAGUUAUUAUAUAGAAUCUUAACUGAUGUUACACUCCAAUCCAACAAAAGCAAAAUUAUAGUACUAUGUAACAAACAAGACAAACUUAUGGCCAAAGGAUCAGAAGUGAUCAAGACAUUGCUGGAAAAAGAACUCGAUACAUUGAGGUUAACAAAAUCAAAUCAGUUGGAGAGUAUUGAUGGAAAAAUAAAUAAAACCAUAUUGGGCAAGAAAAAAAAGCGUUUUGAAUUUGCACACUGUCACGUACCAGUUGAGUUUGCUGAAGUAUCGUCUGCAUCUCAAGAUGUAGUUUUAGAACCAAUCAAAGAUUGGUUGGACAAAAUUCAGUAAAUAUCAAUAUUAUAUUUGUAAUUUAUGUUACGAGUUAUACAUUAUACAAUAAUGCAUUAAUUUUUCCUA